AUGGAAAAUUAUGAAGGAGAAAAAGGCCAUUACGAGUUAAUCUCCAAUGAAGAGUAUAGUGAACAAAUUCAGAGUUGGUCUGAUGGAGAGGCUGACUAUAUGACGCACCACCAUGUCCCGGAGAUGAUUAUUCGAGCUCUAAAUUUGAAGAUGAACCAGAUCGUGGAGAUUUUGAGCCAAAACCACCAGAUUGUAGACAAGAUGAUGUAA